UCCACGGUGACCACACCAAACAACAUCACCUGCUCUUACUUUUGUGUGAAAUAAAUUGUCCUGUUAACAGUAAAAUGUCCGCCCAGCCUGAGCCUCCGGAGCAGGAGGACUUUGAUAAAUUCUUCACCGUGUUUGACGGCUCUUCCCCGGAGGAUGUGUCCCACGCCAGGCAGCUGUGGAGCUCCCUGUCCCUCCUGCCGCCGCUGGAGUCCCGGCUGGUGUCGGCCGAUAUCCGACAGAGGCUGCCGGUGUCCCGGCCGCAGCAGCAGCAGCAGCAGCGCAGCGGCACCGCGGCAGCUUCUGGUCCCAGAGCCUCCGCCCUGGAGCCGCUGAGUGUCCCCGCUCUGCGGCAGAGACAGGAGGAGAGACAGCGGUACGCGGCCAUGGCCGACCAGAGGAGGGAGAUCCUGGCUCUGCUGAGGAGGCAGAGGGAGCAGAGGAUCCAGAAGGAGCUGCCGUCUGUGGCCUUUAAACCAAAGGUGAAGCUCGGCAGAGAAAAAGUGCAGAAAGCAGAAAAAGCUCCAGACUCUGAGAUGGAGAAGCAGCUGGUCAGACAGCUGCAGUAGAAGAUGAAGAACAGAUAUAUCAAAAUGAAAGAGCAGUUACUAACUGUUCAGUGUUUUAUCGACCAGUUUCAUUUUUAACAUGAUGGAGAUAAAGUUUGGCCUUUAUUCUGUCUCCACUCUCUGUGAAGUCUCAGCUCGAGGCCUGAGAACUGAAAACACUGAACACACUGCAACAUUCAAGUCACCUGAUUGUUCAGUGUGCUGUUUUUACAACUGUAAAGACUCUGCUCUCCCACACCACACAGGUGUCUUCAGGUACUCCGGCUGAUUACACCUCCAGUCAGGUGUAGGUUGGGUGGAGAAUAGACCUUUGUUUGCUGUGUCAAAGCACUGUCCUGAGGAGACCAGGCAACAUAAGAGACAUCACAUAUUCUAAACUGCUGGUUCAUUCACUGGUUCCAGUUCCAUUCUGCUUUUCUUUGUCUUAUGAUAAAAUACAUGUGUUUAGCUUUGGACUGUUCAGACAAAACAAGACAUUUGAAGACAUCACUGUGGGCUGGGGAAGUUCUGAUAGGUGCCAUGUAGGCAAAGUGAAUUAAAAAAUAUAUUGAUGGAUGGAUUAAUUGGUAAAGAAGAUACACAGGACCACUGAGGGCGUCCUGUGGUGUCUGGCACCGGGACAUUGGCAGUCGAACCUUUGGGGCCUAAGGGUUGCAGGAUGAACAGCUGGUACACUGUUAGUUUGCUUCUAACAGCAUUACAUAACGUUAAGUGAAGCUUGCAUGGAUAUUCAAAUUCCAAAUGUCCAGUGGAGAAGGCCCAACCAUAAUAGGAUAAGAAGAGGCCUGCUGACUGUUGUCUUUAGCUAAUUUGGUUAAAGUUUUCAAAGCACACAGAGCACGCGGAAGCUCGCCGUCUAUAAACGCUCUUUAACCUCUCAAACCCUGAUUAUCUGAGUAAUUCACCCCUAAGUGGCUUUAAAGUGAUCCUCCACCUUAAAUCUACCUUCAGUAUCAACAGUCCCUCUGUGCUGGCUCUAAACUUUAUAGUUCAACUCACUGACGGCAAACAGCAUGUGAUUAACUCAAACUGGGAGCAGCAGCAGCAUAUUUAGUUUGAUUUUAAUGAAAACUGUGGCUGUUUGGAGCAUACUGAAUAAAUAACACAUAUAAAAUCUCUUUUUGGAGAUAUCAUAAUGAAUGUGUUCUGCCUGUGCUUUUUUGUCAGACCAGAGACGACCUUGGUCUUCUUGGUAAUGUCAUCAAUAAAAUUCAUACUGAGGAUCACCGACAGGAAGUGAAGGCUGAGCUGAUGUGGGUGAAUAAUGUACAGGUGUUUUCGCUGAUAUGGCGCUUUCUGAUCCCCUCUGUUUUGAUUCUGCUGGUCUCAGCAGACAUGGUCCUUUUAAAGAAAACAACAAUGAUCAGAAACGGCCUCGUCAGACACCACAGCCUCAGAAAUAUGUAGACUUUAAAUUAUUAGGGCUAAAAUAUGUCCUUUGUUACAUGCUGGGAAAGUUCAAAGUUAUCUUUGGUAUUAUCAAUAAGAAUAUUAAAUGCAGUUAAAAUCAAUACACACAGCAGACAGUAGUUUAUUAAAGUCGUCAAAAAAUUUGCACUACAUUUUGGGGGCCUGUCGAUGGUUACUCAUAUUGCUCAACAGGAGGAUUUUAACUGAAGAGAAACAUACUCAUUUUUUAAAUUGUUAUUAUCUACUUGUAUAUUCCUUUCAUUAUAUUACAUUAUUUCAACAAUAUCUGCUUUAUUGUUUUAUAUGGAGCCUGUGUAUAAAUCCAUGUGUCAUAAAUAAAGGUGAUUUGUUUUU